AUGGCACCCAUCGGCGUCGGAAUCAUUGGGCUUUCAGCCGCAGGAUGGUCAUGGGGAGUAUCUGCACAUCUCCCAUACCUCAAAGACUCGUCGAAAUACAAGAUCACUGGAAUCUGCAACUCAACGGCCGAGUCCUCGCAGAAAGCAGUCGAUGCCCAUGCACUCACAGACGCCAAAGCCUAUGGCUCAGUCGCAGCCAUGGCAGCAAGCUCUGACGUAGAUCUUGUCGUCUGUUGUGUUCGAGUUGACCGCCACUACGAAGCCAUCAAACCCGCCAUUGAAGCUGGGAAAGACUGUUUCGUUGAAUGGCCACUGGCUUCAAACUCUGAGCAAGCUACAGAAUUGUUGCAGCUUGCUGAGCGCAAGGGUGUCAAGACUAUGAUUGGCUUGCAGAGUCAUAUGAGCCCUGCUAUCAGCCGCAUCAAGGAGAUUAUCGAGAAGGACAAAUCCAUCGGUCGUAUUGUCAGCUCCAACGUCACCUUUGCUGGCAUGCUAGGCGGCAGGGAUACUACCGAGGCGAUUGAAUAUCUCAACUGUGCCGAGAUUGGUGGUAAUAUGCUGGUCAUUCCUUUUGGCCACUUGUACGAUGCUAUUAGCUACACUCUCGGCGAACUUCAAGAAGUUUCUUCGACGCUGUCUAUUCAGCAUCCAGAUGUUCCCGUCAAAUCCAGCGAUGGCUCGCAAGUAUUGAGGACAAUCAAACGUACUGCUGCCGAUCACAUCACCAUGUCCGGUCUCCUUGCCAACGGAGCACAGUCCUCAGCAGUGGUAACAGGUGGUCAGCCCUUCAUGGGUGAGCCAGCCAUGCUAUGGAGAAUCGAAGGCGACAAGGGCGUCAUCGAAGUCCGUGGCCAAGAAGCCUUUGCUCUUAGCAUGUCGCUAGACGUCAAGAUCAAAAUGCAACUAUUCGAGACUGGCGAGGUUCAGGAAGUCGAGUUUACGGAAGAUAAACCUGGUCCUCCUGGUAAUGUUGGAAGACUUUAUGAGGCUUUUGCUGAUGGUCAGUAUUAUCCUGAUUGGAAGUGGGCUGUCAAGCGUCAUGCAUGGGUGGAUGCUCUUUACAAGAGUAAUGAGACAGGAAAGCGUGCAUCUUACGUUUGA